CAAGAAUUUCUGGCAAUAAAUGAUCAUUCUAGAAUAUGAAACUUCUUUGUAAUGUUUGAAUAGGCAUGUUCUAGUUCAACAUACAGUUUUUUUUGUUUGUACUUUUUUCUCCCUAGAACAAAUAUCCAACUUUUUUUAUUUGAUUAUUUUCAUGAAUUAUAUUAAGCACACAUUUGUAUGUUAGAGAUUUUUGUCACAAUGUAGAUAGUCAAUAACACUUCUAUGUUUGACAUACUUAGAUGAUUAUAUUCCAUUUCUUGAAAGUGUUAAAAUAUAAACUGACGUUAUCAUUUUCUUUUAUCACAUUUAUAAUAUAUAAAUUAAGAUUUGAAAUUGCUCACUUGUGCCAGAAAUAGAGUAAAAAUGGGCACGAGAUCUUCUUUAAUCUUAGCUGAAAAGUAGCCAUUUGACCUUAAACUCCUACCACACAAGAAGAAGAAAAAAUUAUGAAAUUUCAUAUUCAUUUUCACUAAGUAGAUCAUUUAACAUAGUUGAGAAUGUGCACCAUUGAGGGCUUUAUCAGUGGUAAUGAUAAAAGUCCCUGUAUAAUUGUUACCUGAGUGAAGCCUAACAGGCCGAGUCUGCUCAUCUGUGUAGUAAGUCUUGAAUCUAUUAUUUUUGUCAUGUUGACUGUUUUAUUUUAACUUUUGCUUAUUUGAAUAUCAAAAUCUUGAGUCAGAAACAGUGUUUAUCAAAUUCAAUAUGGCACAACAAUUUAAUGAACAAAUUAUAAAAAAAAUGUACUACAUGUAUAAUGGAAAGUGUCCAAAUGCGAGUGAAGCAUAAAGGGUUAGGGUUGAAGAGAUAAAUUGUGAUUUAUUAUCUGAUUUGAAAAGAAAAUUAACAAGUAAUAAAAACAAAAACAAACAAAAAUAAAACAACAGUUGCAUCUAUAGUAAGACUUUCUUGCUUUUUGAUAGGAACAUUCUUAUUAUUGCUCUUGAAUUAUAGAUUUUCACACUUAUCAGCAUAUAUAAGUGCACAAUUUGCUUAUCUUAUAUAUCAAAAAUUAUAUUAUCCCAGACUUUCUUUACUUUUUUUUUUGCUUUUUAGACCUUUAUACUCAAAGAAAGAGGAUCAUUUUAUUAUGAUUAUAAUAUAUACCUGUCAUGGGUAAUUUCUAACAGUCAGAAGUAUUAUAUUGCUUUUUUGCCAAGCUUUUGAACAUAAUAGAUUACAUUAUAUUUAGAAUUUAGAAAUUUGAAUGAGAUCUUAAGAUUGUCUAAUGUAAGGUUUUUUUUUGAAAAAGGUUAUUCAUGAAACCAAUCAAUCAAUUCAUUUUUAAUAAUUUUUAACAAUUUCCAAUUAUUAGAAACUGAGGUGCAGUAGUAUUAUUCCUUUAAAAAACUUCAACCCGUCUUAUAAGAGGGUGUUAGCAAAAAGUGUCAUUUUUGAGUCAAAAUCAGGACCCCGUCUUAUAAGUGGUCCAUCUUGUAGACGAGUUAAUAAGGUAUGUUCUAGGAAGGUAUAGAUAGUUCCUGAUAGUUCCUGACUUUUACAAUAUUUACCUCCCUUUAUAAGUGAAAAGCAUCUGAUCUGAUUGGUCAGAAAUAAGCAUAGAAUGCGCACUGAUCAAUGAAAAUCUUGAGGUCGGAGGCACUUCGCAGACAAAGUUUUAUAACUUUGAGGCCUGUAAUGUUGUCAUACAAAGAAGCAUGGUUGUGUUCCUUUGUUGGAAGACACCAUGACCAACAGGCCAAUUCUGCGUUAACCUUUUGUCAUUCAUUGAACAGCCUAGUUAUAAUGUUAAAUAGGAAACUUAAAAUAGGUUUUUUCUUCUUAAAAUAACAAAACAAAUUUAAUUUUCAAGAUGACUGUAUAUAUAAAAUGUUUAUUCAUAACAUCAAUGUUUUAUUAUGUACAUAUAAUUAUAUUUGUACCUCAUCAAGCAGAUAUGCAAAAUGGCAGUUCUAGUAGAAGGGCUUCCCUGGCGGCAGAUGCUAAAGGUAAAGGUAAUAAGGCAAAAGGUAAAGAAAAAGGCGGGAAACCUACACAAGAAACUGAGCCAGCUGACAGUCCUGACUUUAUAAACCCACUGUUAGAAGGUGCUGAUUAUAUAGAUGGUCAACUGUGGGUAGCUGGUAACAGGGUUCUCAUUAACCUUAAUCUGUCACGAAAUGAGAUAGGUGAGACAGGCCUUGAGGCUCUACUGAAGGCCAUGCAAUAUCAAACAACAUUGUGUAUGGAAAACAAAAGUAGCGGAACUGGGCUUAUGAGAUUAUUAGUCGGGAAAAACAAGGUACGAUCUAGCCAUGAGUUACUACAGAAGAUAACAGAUAUCAUGUUACCUAAAGAUCCUUUCUAUAAACCUCCACCACAGACCCCGGAUGUUACUGAGGCUUAAAUACAAAUACAGAUCUAUUUACUUUAAUAUAGUUACAACUCCUUAAUUGAAUGAUUUGGGGAAAAAACUUUGACUGGAUUUCUAAGAAAGUCUUUUAUUGGAUUCCUUGGAAAUUUUUUUAAAUUAAUUUCAUUGG